AUGACCCCCCUCGUCGCAACGGCCGAAACGCAGGCUGAUGAGGCGUCUGAGGCGCCGCCGUCGCCGUCGCCGUCGUCCUUCACGGCGAUCCCGACCCUCGCGCUGCGGGACGCCCGCAGCCCGGCGACUAAGCCGCGCUUCCUCGCGGCAUUGCGCGCGGCGCUGCUGGACGUCGGCUUCCUGUACCUCGACGUGACCACCGGUGAGGACGAGGGCGAGGGCGAGGACGAGGACGAGGCGGUGGCGACGGGGCUGCCGGCGCGGCUGCUCGCGGACGCGGUGAGCGAGGGCGUCGCCUUCUUCGCCGCCCUGCCCGACGCCGAGAAGCGGCGCAUCGAGAUGAAGAACGAGAAGAGCUUCUUGGGGUGGAGCAGGCUGGACAACGAGACGACGGCGAUGCACGCCGACCAUCGCGAGCAGCUCGACCUCUCCACGCCGCAUGACCUUCCAGGACCGGAUGCACCCCUUUAUUACAACAUGCGGGCACCGAACCAAUGGCCGUCGCCGCAGUACCUGCCACGCUUUCGACCCGUGUUCGAGGAGUACAUGCGGGCCAUGUCGGGUAUCAGCACCUUCUUCACGUCGCUGAUAGCCGAGGCAAUCGGUCUGCCCGCCGACGCGUUUGACCGGUUUUUCGACGCCGACCAACAACACAAGCUGAAGGUCGUCAAGUACCCGGAAGCAUCACCGGACGUGGAUGACAACGACGAGAUCGCGCGACAGGGCGUGGGCCCGCAUAAAGACAGCAUGCUCACCUCCUACCUGCUGCAGGCUUCGCCGCAACGCGGACUGCAAGCGCUGAAUGCGGCGGGAGAGUGGAUAGACUGCCCGCCAAAGCCCAACACGUUGGUCGUUGUUAUAGGCCAAGGUCUCGAGGCCAUCACCCAGGGCGUGUGUGCAUCGACGACGCACAGGGUCUUGAGUCCACGUUGCGGGGAAGGGCCCCGCUUCAGCAUCCCGUUUUUCCAGGGCGUCAGCUAUGACGCGCGAUUUGAAGAAAUGGACGUGCCUGAGGCGGUGCGGGCCUUGAAGCGCGAAAGGCGCGACGAUAAGGUCGAUUUUGCCUUUGUGAAGGGACGAUGGGGCCACCUGGGCGAGGCGACGUUGGUGAACCGAGUCCGGAGUCACCCGGAUGUCGGUGAGAAAUGGUAUCCGGAGAUCCUGGCCAAGAUCCGCCGACAACAGACGGAAAAAGAUGUCGCUGGUCGGGACGUGCAUAAAUCGUCCUGA